CCGAGUCCCUGAUCGGCGAACAAUUGUAGCUCCUGGGAACGCGAUGGGAGAUGAUGGGGGGGAAACGCGCCCCCGGUAGGUUCCAUAAGUCGUUUGUAUAAGCAGCUGCGGCUGCUAUUUCAAUCUUCGUGUUGCUCUUCUGGCUUCUUUGCUGCUCUAUUGUACUACUUUGAGAAUGCCAUACAUCGUCGGUCUUAACAGCGGCUCGUCGUUCGACGGCGUUGAUGCCGUCCUAUGUUCCAUCGACAUUGCGCCAGAUGGACAUCCUACCAAGCCUGUAUACGUGGAUGCCAUCACCGUGGACUGGCCCGAAGUGCUCCAGCCGCUGAUUCUCAGAGCAUUCAACAAUGACCUGACGCUCUUUGAGAUGACUCGUCUUAACUACGCUGCCGGCGCUGUCUACGCUGAAGCCACAAAUCAACUCCUCGAAAAGGCGGGCAUCAGAGCCGAAGACGUCGAGAUCCUUGGCUAUGACGGCCAGACCGUGUACCAAGAGCCUCCAAAUCGCAAGCUCAUGAAGGAAUUCGCCGAAAGCGGCUCGAAAAGCUUAGUAGACAAAUGGCUGAAAGGUGGCUACCCGUGCGGCUACUUCAUCGUCGAGUCUGGUGUGGUGGCAGGAUUGACGAACAUCACAACAGUCACCCAGUUCAGACCUCUGGAUCAUGCUCUUGGUGGCUCAGCUGCCCCUCUGAUGCAAUACCUGGACUUUGUCUCUUUCAGAAAUGAAGAGCAUCCCACCACCACACUCAACAUCGGAGGCAUCGCGAAUCUACAAUUGGCCGACAAGGAUCGAAGUAGGAUGAUGGCGUUCGACACAGGCCCGGGAAACGUCAUGCUGGAUCACGUCGUGAAGGCACGAACCGGACGUGGCUAUGACAAGAACGGCGAGCUCGCUGCGCGAGGCAAGAUUAUCGAACCGCUGCUAGAGGAGCUGAAACAACAUGACUUCUUCAAGCGGAACCCCCCUCGGUCGGCAUGGCGUCUGGACUUUGGUGCAAGCUACGCGGACGACGUGCUUGCACGGCACAGCUCCGCGUCCACUGAAGACCUCUUAGCCACCCUCGCCGAGUUUACCGCCUACAGCAUCGAAGAGAGCUUGACAAGAUUCGUCCUUCCGAAAGCGGACGUCAAAAGGCUGAUCGCGAGUGGUGGCGGUACCAGGAAUGCCCAUCUCAUGAACAGGCUGUCGGCUCGACUGCUGAGGCACGGCGUGAAGACCGUCGUCUCCGACGAAGUAGGUCUCCCAGCCGCUUAUAAAGAAGCUAUCAAAUUCGCUACCUUGGCGUUCGCGGCAAGCAAGGGGCUUGCAAAUAACAUUCCAGCUGCUGGCGGCGCCUCGUGUUAUGCAACUCUUGGGAAGUUGACUCUUGCACCACGCCACACGAGGAACGCAGGAGCAAUGCCAACAGCUGGGUGGUACGCUGUCAAAGAAGCGGCGACCAACGGCGUGACUACGAAUGGAAAUGGCGUGUUCACCAAUUGGCACUAGGCAAGAUCGAGGAUAAUGUAGUCAUGGAAUUCAAGUGCAGCGAUAUGCUUCCUAGAUGCUUG